CAAAAAAUAAAACCCUAAAUAAUUAUCAUCCUUCCAAAUGGUUGAAACAUCAACCUUCCAUUUUUCCUCCAUAGAAGUACGAGAUAUGAACAGGGCAACCAAACUAGCCCUAAUUAACUUAAACAACAACGCCCCUUUUCAUCUCAAAGCCGCUCUCUUUCAUUCAACCCCUGUUCUUGAUCGUCGACGACGCACCCACUGGGAAUCUGUUGGCCGUUCUUAUAGGAGCUCCUCACGGAGACCCAACUUCAAUGGAAGAAGACAAAGAAAGUUUUAUUCUAAACAAGAAAUGCUGAGGAAUGUUAAUGCCUUUGCCGAAAAUCUUUUUCAGGGCUGUUAUGAGCGUGACGAAUUUGAGCCAUCUUCAAGUCAUCGAAACUCAUGGUUUAGAAAUCUUAAUGGUGGUGGGCCCCGAGGAUUCAGUGGGACCCAGGCCAAUGGUAAGGGUGCCCAGGGUAGGGCCCGCAAAAGAGGAUUUCAGUUUUACGAAGAUGAUGAAGAAGUCGAGACGAUUUUUCGAUCUGCUUUUGGUUCUAAUCCCGGGUUUUACUUUUGGUCGUUUAUAAACGAUGAAUCACCAAAGAGCUCAUCAGGCUAUUAUAAUUAUAAUAAUAAUCGGGCUUCAUGGAAAUGGAGACGACAGUUUGAAGAAGAUGAUGAAGACGACGAUGAGGAUGAUGAUGAUGAUGAGUCGGUAAUAUCGGAAACUGAUUUAAGAAAAGACAGAAUUGCCCUUGGUUUGAAUGGUUCUGGCCCUUUAAGCCUUGACGAUGUCAAAAAUGCAUACCGGGCUUGUGCACUAAAAUGGCAUCCAGAUCGGCACAAUGGUUCUUCCAAGGCUAUUGCAGAGGAGAAAUUCAAGGUCUGUAGUGCUGCAUAUCAAUCUUUAUGUGACAAAUUGGCACCAAAUUAAGAAUAAUUAUGGAUUCAAGUCAAUCCGGGAGAGUUCAUUCGGUUUAAUCGAUAUGCAGAAGACACCUAAAUUAACAUAGUUUUUCUUGGCUGCUGCUUGAUGUUUUAGUUUUUGUAAUUGUACAAGUUACUAAUUUUGUAUGUUUUUGUUUGGCCACAUUUGACAUUGGUCAUUUAUGGAUAAGUAAACAUGUAUUACUGAAUUUGAGUCGUUAUACAAAAUUAAAUAAAUUUCAAUUAA